GACCGCAACUGCAGUCAGUCACCUGUUUCGGUACACGACCGCAACACGCGUCGGACGCGAUGCCUGGGUCGCUCAAACGUACGAUUCCGACGAAUUGACGAUUUUGGGCUGAAUACAACGAGGACGCAGUGCUUUAAAAAACAAAAAAAAUUUGACAGUUAAAAUUACACGCGUUUUUUAAUCUGUGGACAGUGCUUAAUGGUAUUUGUGAGAAAAGUGUGCAUAGUCUUUCGGACAAAUACUUCGGUAAAUACGUAGCGAUAUAAAGUUUUCUCUUAAUUUCUUUUUGAGGCCCCUAUAAUAUUUUUGGUUGUAAAAUGAUGAUUGAAAUCGAGUGAUAGAUGUAAAAUGUGAUAAAGUGAAUAAAUAGUUAAUUGAUAGCAACAAGACAGCAAAAUGUGCAGCAAGGAUCAGAUCAAUCACAUACUCGGGAAGAUCAAUGUGGGUCUGCCGUCGUGGUCCCGCGGUGUGGAGGCGGUGGAGGCGGCCCGGACGCGUCUGGUGCGUUGGGCAUGUGGCGACCCACCUACCGAGCCUGACCCGCCAAGGAAGAAGAUGCCGCAUGCGCUAAGACGGAGGUGGCCGCUCUGUCCUUGUUUACAGAAUGACGAACCGCCCGAGAUCACGUACUGCGUGGUGGGCGGCGAAGGAGGUCUCGCCCUCCAAGCUGUCACCCCCACGCAUCCCAUGCCCCCGGAAGAUGAGCUGGACGCCAAGUUUGCGGAGCUGGUCGAGGAGUUGGACCUGACAGCAGUUAACAAGGCAGCGAUGAUGGCGCUACCGGCUGCCAAGAAAUGGCAGAUCUACUGCAGUCGCAGGCCGCCACCGGGCCAGGCGCCUCCACUGGCCACCGCCCCACAAGUCGAGGAGUACAUCAAGGCCCUUAACGAGAUCGCUGAUGCAUUUGCGUCGUCUGAAGGCGUCCCCCCGACGGAAUCCUGCGGCCUACUCGAGGGCCUGAAGACAGCGCUCAGGACGAGGGCUCACAGCUUCGUCCUCCGGUUUAUCAAGCAAGGAGGACUCGGUGCCAUAUUGGACGCGUUGCAGAAGGCGCCCAGGGACGAUGCUGUCACGAGACAUAACCUUAUAGCUGCCAUAAAAGCCUUGAUGAAUAAUUCGACUGGUCGUGCUCAUGUAUUAGCUCAUCCCACGAGCAUCGACCUGAUCGCUCAGUCCUUGGACACGGAGAAUGUGAAGACGAAAGUCGCAGCACUUGAGAUACUCGGCGCCGUCUGUCUUGUCCCCGGGGGACAUAAAAAGGUGCUAGAAGCGAUGGUCAACUUCCAAAAGUAUUCCGGCGAGAGGGCCCGCUUCCAGAGCAUCGUCAACGAGCUGGACCGCAGCACCGGCGCCUACAGGGACGACCUCGGCCUGAAGACGGCCAUCAUGUCGCUCGUCAACGCCGUGCUCAACUACGGGCCCGGCGAGGAGAGCCUCGAGUUCAGGCUCCAUCUGAGAUACGAGCUGCUCAUGCUGGGGCUUCAACCAGUGAUCGAAAAACUCCGUAAAUACGAAAACGAGACGUUGGACCGGCACAUCGAGUUCUUCGAGAUGGUCCGCGGCGAGGACGAGCGCGAGCUGGCGCGGCGCUUCGACCGCGAGCACGUGGACACCAAGAGCGCCUCCGCCAUGUUCGAGCUGCUGCGCCGCAAGCUGGGCCACUCCGCCGCCUACCCGCACCUGCUGUCCCUGCUGCAACACCUGCUGCUGCUGCCGCUGGAGUACGGCCCGCAGUCCCAGCACUGGCUGCUGCUGGACCGCGUGGUGCAGCAGGUGGUGCUGCAGCAGCCCGCGGCGGGGGCGCGCGCCGACAGCGAGCAGGGCAGCGAGGGCGGCAGCACCAGCGACCAGACCAGGAUAUACGAUCCUGACGUGGCUCCCCUCGAGAUAAACGUCGGCGAGAUAGUGCACCUGCUCGCCAAGGAGGAAGAGCUCGUCGCCGCCAGAACCAAGGCCGAGAAUCUGGAACGGGAGAACAUCGACCUGGCCACAGAGCUGGCUAAGAAGGAGAAGCAGCUGGACGAGCGCGCGCAGGAGCGCGAGGAGCUGGAGGGCGCCGCGGCGCGCCUGCGGGACCGCCUGGAGCGCGAGACGGCCGCGCACAUGCACUGCGCCGACCUGGCGCGCGCCGCCGCCGCACGCGCGCAGCUGCUCGACUGCCAGUUGACCCAAGAGAGAACCGAGAGAGCGAGAUUCGAAAAACUAGUCAGCGAGGGAAGCAUACCUGAUGAUGCUAAGGUGAACAACCUCAAGAACGCGGUGAUCGAAACGUCUUCAGUACCUCCCCCUCCUCCCCCGCCGUCAAUGUUCCCCGCGCCCCCCGCCGCGCCGGCUCCUCCCCCCGCGCCGCUCGCGCCCCUCGCCCCCCUGGCGCCGCUCGCCCCCGCCCCUCCCAAGCCCAAGAAGAACGUCCCCACGCCCGGGAACCCGCUCAAGAGCUUCAACUGGAGUAAACUACCUGAUACCAAGCUGCACGGCACGAUAUGGCAGGAGCUAGACGACACGAAGCUGUACAACGCGAUGGAUCUGCACACCAUCGACAAGAUGUUCUGUGCCUACCAGAAGAAUGGCGUCCAGAACGAGGGGUCCGUCGAGGACCUCCGCCAGCUCGGCUCGAAGCCCAGGACGAAGAUACUGUCCGUGAUAGACGGCCGCCGCGCCCAGAACUGCACCAUCCUGCUGUCCAAACUUAAAAUGACCGAUGAGGAGAUUUGCAGAGCGAUCCUCAAAAUGGACAGCGGUGAACAACUGCCCAUCGAUAUGUUGGAGCAACUCCUGAAGUUCACGCCCAGCGCCGAGGAGGCCGCCAUGCUAGAAGAGCACCAAGAUGAACUGGACAGCAUGGCGAGGGCGGAUCGCUUCCUCUACGAGAUCUCCAAGAUCCCGCACUACUCGAUGCGGGUGCGCACGCUGCUGUUCAAGAAGCGGUUCGCGGCGGCGAGCGCGGAGGCGAGCGGGCGCGCCACCACCGUGCUGCGCGCCGCGCGGGACAUGACGCGCUCGCGCCGCCUGCGCGCGCUGCUCGAGCUGGUGCUGGCGCUCGGGAACUACAUGAACAGGGGAGCCCGCGGCAACGCGUCAGGGUUCCGGCUCUCGUCACUGAACAAACUCGCCGACACCAAGUCCAGUGUUACAAGAAACACCACGCUCCUGCAUUUCCUGGUCGAAAUGUUGGAGACACAGUUCAAAGACAUACUGCUGCUCGAAGAGGAUUUACCGCACGUCCGAGCCGCGGCCAAGGUUUGCGUGGAACAACUGGAGAAAGAUGUGGGUGCUUUGAGGAGUGGUCUCCGUGAAGUCGCGAAGGAGGUGGAGUACCACGCGUCGCUGCCCUCACCGCAGCCCGGUGACGCCUUCCUACCCGUCAUGAGGGAGUUCCAUGCGCAUGCCGUUUGUACCUUCACACAACUGGAAGACCUUUUCCAGGACAUGAAGAGUCGUCUCGAAGCAUGCGCCCACGCCUUCGGUGAAGAGACAAGUGCGUCCCCGGAGCAACUGUUCGGCGCCAUGGACGCGUUCCUCACGCAGCUUGCGGAGGCGCGCGCCGAGUGCGACGCCAUCAGGAGGCGCCGCGACGACGAGCAGCGCCGGACCAGGCAUGAGCAAGAGUUGAAAAAGCGUACAAUGGAACGUAAGCAAUCAAACUCGCUAGGCUCGGUGAGCAAAUCCCUAGCGAAAUCCAACGGGGAUUGCAACGGACACUCCAACGAUAGCUCCCGGGACGGCACCAUGAGUAACGGACAAAAAGGAGAGUUCGAUGACCUUAUAUCCGCAUUACGAACAGGAGAUGUCUUCGGAGAUGACGUGGCCAAAUUCAAAAGAUCAAGAAAGACUUCCAAAGUCACUCAGAAGGGUCGCGACUCUCCUCCCAGGGGCGUGUGCAGGGAAGACUCUAGGGAGAGACAGAAGAAUUGAGAUUGACAGCAGUUAUUGAUGUGUCAAAGAACGUGAGUACGGCUCUAUGCGUGAACAUUGCUUGUAAGUACAGAAAUUUGUUACAACAACUUUUCUGUUACUAGAAUCGACCACAUGUUUGUCAAUAUUUCGAAAUACCCUCAAAUAAAUAAUUAGGCAUUAAUCUGUAAGUUUUGAAAUAGUAUACAUGUACUUAUUCGUCGAUGCUAAUUAAAGUUUGGGAACGGAGAGCCGAUGACCGUCAUACGUCGGAAUAUCGAUUAGAAUGACUGCUUUAAAAUAAUCGAUUAGUAUAAUUGUAACAAGUGAUAUUUUCGAAGUAGAUUAGUUUGGACGGUGAUGAAAUGUACGUCACAAAAUAUUUAGAGAUUUAUACAGAAUAAAAGAUAGGACGUUUAAUGUGCUACAUACCAAUUUAUGAGCGCGAUCGCUUAUAUAUUAAAUCGAUUAAUAAAUAAUCGAUAUUAAAUCCACUAAUAAAUAAUAAUCGAUUAAUAUAUCGCCGAGUUAAUUUAAUUGUUACACAAAUGUAUUAACUAUAGACGAUGGAAUAAUUUUAAACGAAGUCAGCAUUAACUAUUAAUUUAGACCUUAAAUUGCAGGGGAUAAGGACUGAUCUGUGAUUUCACAAAUUGUUUAUCUUGUGUCUCUUUUUAAUUAUCACAGGUAUAUGUUUGCGGCUUGGUCUUAAUUAAUUAAUUUCAUAAUGAGUAGCGUUUUGCCUUUAAUACUUUGUAAUUUUUGUAUGCAUUUUACCACGUAUUUUAGUGGUGUUUUUUGGUACUAAAAUAAAGUAUUUUGAAGAGUAUUUUUUUUGUAAUAAUUUUUGCAAAAAUUGAAAUAAUUGUAGAUUGAGAUACAGUUUCAAUGUUUUGUAUUUUUUCGUAACGACUGAAGUAGUGAGAAGGCUGCAAAUAAAUGAUUCCGUAAACAAUUUUUUUGAUUGUCUUAAUCUUACUAUAGAGCUAUAUGUGUUUGUAUUAUCUAUGUACGUAGUAUUUAGAUACUGUAUUUAACGCGUUCGAUUUGACACCGUACCCGGUGUUGCCAACACACAAAAACAAACCUAACAUAUCCCCGUUAGGGUAUACAUAUUUAAUUCAAAUUUUACAAAUAAACCAAAUUUAGACGUUCUUGAUAAAUAUUUGAGUCUGAGGCAUUAAAAAAAAAAGUUUUGUUUAAAAAAUCACCGGAACGCAUUGGUAUUUUAGAUCUGAUUCGAUCUAAAAGGGAAUUGAAAUGUUAUACAAUUUUUUCGUAAACAUUAUAGUGUAGGAAUUGACAUAAACCCAGCAAAUAGGUAAACAAUAAAAAAAGGCUAUUUUUUCAAUAUUGAGUUACUAUAUAGGCAGAAGUGAAUACUUAAUGCCUGCCAUUGAAUCUUAACAAAUAUAUGAAAGUCAAAUAAUAAUUAAUUAUCAUGGAUAUUGGGACUUUAGUUACUAAAGUUGAGUGUAACUAAUUUUAUUUUAAUUAUAUAGACGGGCUAUCGAACUCACAGCCUAUACGCUGUUAAUUGACCACUCACAUUUGGUCCAGUUCUCAAUUGCGUAGGACAUAGGCUAGCCCACCAUGUAAACUGGGAGUCUUCAAAACCUUUAAAUGGACAAAUUUUCAAAUUGAGAUUUGUCACGUGUCAGUGUGAAUUUCAAUCUGUGAAUUAUGUAACGGUUCUCUGAAAAUUGAUAAAUUUUAACAUGAAAUAUCUCAAAUAAGUUUUUAUUUAUUAAAUACAAGUAAUUCUUGAAAUAAUAUAUAAUUAUUUUUUUUCAUCACCUACUUUGUAAAUAUAAUUUUUAAUUUUGCCAAAAUUCGCGUUACCGAUCCAGUUUUGUUUUAAUAUAUGAAUAAAUAAGAUGAAAUAAAAUGAUUGUAAUCGUGUAUUCCUACGAGUGUUUGUAAUUUGUAAAAUGUUUAUGAUUUUGUUCAGUAUUGCUUAAGCGCAUAGAUAUAUUAAUGUAAUAGUAAUGGUCUAGACACUAUUUAAAUAAAAUUCAUUGAAGUGAAGAA